CCAAUGGGCCAUCAUCACGCCCUCCCUUCCCUUAUCCGAACCUGCUGUCUCACGGAGUGAUCUGCAUCGGCUCUAGCUAGUUUGUCCGCAUCGCCAUUACUGUACUAUUUAGUGUGUGAAUGAGGGCAGGGGAGAGCUAGGUAGUCAGUCAUCUUUCCAGCAAGAACCACUGUGCAGCUAGGAUUCGGUGAUCCUGAUCCAUGGAGGUGGCCGGAGGAGGAGGAGCCGUUGUCGGUGCGUCGUCGUCCCCGCGGCGCGUGGUGGUGGCGGUGGACGAGAGCGAGGAGAGCAUGCACGCGCUCUCAUGGUGCCUCUCCAAUGUCGUCGCCUCCGCGGCCAAGGCCGCCGCGGCGGCGCCGGCCCCCGCAGUGGUGCUCGUCCACGCCCGCUCCCCGCGCCCGUUCUACUACCCCUCCAUCGACGGCGCCGAUUACAUCCUGACGCAGCAGGUGAUGGACAGCAUGGACCAGUACAUGGCGUCCGCGGCCGACACCGUCGUCACCAAGGCCAAGAAUAUCUGCACCGCGUUCCCCAACGUGAGGGUGGAGACGUGCGUGGAGAAGGGCGACCCGCGCGACGUGAUCUGCGGCGCGGCGGAGAAGGCCGGCGCCGACUUGCUGGUGAUGGGCAGCCACGGCUACGGCUUCCUGCAGAGGGCGCUGCUGGGCAGCGUCAGCGACCACUGCGUGCAGAACUGCAAGUGCCCCGUGGUCGUCGUCAAGAGGCCCGACAGCAAGCAGCAGCAGCCGGCGCGCGGCGGCGACGCGAGUCUUGGCUCACCUUGAGGCCGCUGGGCACCACUCGCCUCGGUGCAACGUGAUGAUGGUCCCCUGUCCCCUGUACAUAGUCAUAGGAGCUUCGGCUGUUGCUCUGCUUGUAUGUCGCCCAGAGUAUCAAAUCGUCUUCACUAACUCACAUACUAUGUCUAUAUAUGAUGUUCCCGGUCACUAUAGCUGUUAUUAUAGUCACAUUGUCUGCACAUAUAUACUUGCUUCCAGUUUGUAUGUGAUCUACGAAGGAAACAUAUUAUUCCAAUAAAAUUUUCGAGCGUGCAGCACACCCUGCACCGCUACAUGUCUUCCGCA